CCGCCGUCGUUCCAGGAUGCCGUGCGCACGCUCAACACGCUGCAGACCAACGCCAGCUACCUGGAGCAGGUGAAGCGGGAGCGCGGAGACCCCCGGGCCCAGCUGGAGGCCAUGAAGGGCUUCCUGGCGCGCAGCGGGCUGCAGGUCGAAGACCUGGAUCGACUGAACAUCAUCCACGUCACGGGGACGAAGGGCAAGGGCUCGGACUGCGCCUUCACGGGCAGGGCUGGGCGGCACGAGGGGACGCCUGGGGACAAACCUGACCCUGUCCGUGCUCUCCCCAGCUCCCCCCACCUGGUGCAAGUGCGUGAGAGGAUCCGCAUCAACGGGCAGCCCAUCAGCAAGGAGCAAUUCAGCAAGUACUUCUGGCUCGUCUACAACCGCCUGGAGGAGACCAAGGACCCGGCGCGUGCCAGCAUGCCGGCCUAUUUCCGCUUCCUCACCGUCAUGGCCUUCCACGUGUUCCUGCAGGAGAAGGUGGACCUGGCCGUGGUGGAGGUCGGCAUCGGCGGCGCCUACGAUUGCACCAAUAUCAUCAGACCUGCCCUUCUCCCACCCCAGCCCUGCCAGUUUGACUACGCCGUCUUCUGCCCCAACUUCGCGGAGGUGUCGGUGAUGGGCAAUGCAGACCAGCAGAACUUCAACGUGACGCUGGAGAACGCCCUGACCCGCUGCCUGGAGAACCAGAAGACGUGGACCCAGCUCCUGGAGGAGAAGGUGGGCCAGGAGCUCUGGCUGGCGUCACCGCUCGAGGUGGGCAGCGUGCUGAAGCCGGAGCCCGUGCGCGGAGCCCUGCUCCUCGUGCCCUCCGCCGAGCGGCCGCUCAACUCCAACUCGCUCGUCUUCCCCUGCAUCUCGCACGCGCUGCAGUGGAUCGCGCAGGGCCGGGACCCCUGCGUGCCAGCACCCGCCACCAAGGGUGCCCACCCGCACCCUGUGGCCAGCAGCGGGGCCGUGCUGCUGCGCGAGGCCGCUGUCAUCCGCGUCCUGGUCACGGGCAGCCUGCACCUUGUCGGCGGCGUCCUCAAGCUGCUCGACCCGGCGCUCUCCCAGUAGCUGCAGUUUGG